GCACCUUGUCUGUUCCCUUUAGGGGCUUGGGCCAAUGCACUGCCCUUCCACACUGGUGCUGAAUGACAAGAAGACAGAGUACCCUCUGCCUGAACCGUGCCUUCCUCUGAACUUCACCAACAGCACUGGGCUUCGAUACGAGAUGGAGGAAGUGAGGCAGUGCCUGUUAAAAGGACUUAAGGAGAGGCUACGGAUGCCUCUGGCUGACUCCAUCCUACUGACAGAAAUCAUGGAUGAAAUCAGGAAACAGGUGGGAGUUGUCUUCAGAAAAUUCUUCAGACAGAAAAUGACAUCAGUCCAUAGAAGUAAAUUCUUCCUCUAAUCUUUAAAGUAAGUUUGUUCAGCAACAUCUACAUAUAUGUGUAUAUAUAUGUGUGUGUGUGUGUGUAUAUGGUAGUUCAUCUCCUUGAAUGUGUUGAAAUUGG